UGUAUAUGUUUCUGGAGUCCUAAGCCUGAGCUAAACAAAAGCAGGAGGCUGACGGGGCUGCCGGAGUUUGCAGAGCACGGAGGAGGAGGAGAGAAGCCUGUGCGUUGCCUGCCGCCGCGGCUGGGGGAGAUCUGGCUUUUGCAACAGCCCACCCCCUUUGAGAUCACUCUGGCCCGGAGUGGGGGUGGGGGGCAGCGGAGGGUGGGGGGGAAAGUUUGCAUUGCAAUCCCCCUGCCUUCUUCUCCUUUCUCCCGAUCAAUGCAUAUUUGCAAAAGGAUUAAGCCACAGAUUUAAGCGCCGGGAGCCCAUUUCUGCCUUGCAAAGGAGACCGGACUGCAAAAACCAAAAGCCAGCUCUGAUUUCUUUUCGCCAAGUGGGAAGGUGGUUUAUUUAUUUAUUUUUUUUCUUGCUUUUUGGAGUCAACACCCUUUCCCACCAAGCCCUCACCCCCCCAACCCUCACCCCGCAACCCCUCCACGGUCCCCCCACCCACCCACCCACCACCCCGCUCCCCAUCCCCCCACCAUCCUCCAAAGAGGCAAAGGGAUUUUUUUUUUCUUUUGGUCUUCUUUUCUCCCCUUCCCUGUUUAUCCUGAAAAGGAUUUGAAGACAGCUUGAAGGAUAAAAAGCCCUGGUGCUUCCCACGAGCCGAAGCGAGGAGCAGACGAGGAAGAGCCGGGGGCUGCCGCAGCCUUUUGGAAAUGGACGAGCAGCCCAGGCUGAUGCAUUCCCACGCCGGGGUCGGGAUGGCCGGGCACCCGGGCCUGUCCCAGCACUUGCAGGACGGGGCCGGAGGGACCGAGGGGGAGGGCGGGAGGAAGCAGGACAUUGGAGACAUUUUACAGCAGAUCAUGACCAUCACAGACCAGAGUUUGGAUGAAGCGCAAGCCAGAAAACAUGCUUUAAACUGCCACAGAAUGAAGCCCGCCUUGUUUAAUGUGUUGUGUGAAAUCAAAGAGAAAACAGUGUUGAGUAUCCGCGGAGCCCAGGAAGAGGAGCCCACAGACCCGCAGCUGAUGCGACUGGACAACAUGCUGUUGGCAGAAGGCGUGGCCGGGCCUGAGAAAGGUGGCGGGUCAGCAGCCGCGGCCGCUGCCGCAGCAGCCUCAGGUGGGGCAGGUUCCGACAACUCCGUGGAGCAUUCCGACUACAGAGCCAAACUCUCACAGAUCAGACAAAUCUACCACACGGAGCUGGAGAAAUACGAGCAGGCAUGCAACGAGUUCACCACCCAUGUGAUGAAUCUCCUGCGAGAACAGAGCCGGACCAGGCCCAUCUCUCCCAAGGAGAUUGAGCGCAUGGUGAGCAUCAUCCAUCGCAAGUUCAGCUCCAUCCAGAUGCAGCUCAAGCAGAGCACAUGCGAGGCCGUCAUGAUCCUGCGCUCCCGGUUUCUGGACGCACGGCGGAAGAGACGGAAUUUCAACAAGCAGGCAACAGAAAUCCUGAAUGAAUAUUUCUAUUCCCAUCUCAGCAACCCUUACCCCAGUGAGGAAGCCAAAGAGGAGUUAGCCAAGAAGUGUGGCAUCACAGUCUCCCAGGUAUCAAACUGGUUUGGAAAUAAGCGAAUCCGGUACAAGAAGAACAUAGGUAAAUUUCAAGAGGAAGCCAAUAUUUAUGCUGCCAAAACAGCUGUCACUGCUACCAACGUGUCAGCCCAUGGAAGCCAAGCUAACUCACCCUCCACGCCCAACUCAGCUGGUGGAUACCCUUCGCCAUGUUAUCAGCCAGACAGGAGGAUACAGUGACGGACUCGCAGCCAGUCAGAUGUACAGUCCGCAGGGCAUCAGUGCUAAUGGAGGUUGGCAGGAUGCUACUACCCCUUCAUCAGUGACCUCCCCUACAGAAGGCCCUGGCAGUGUUCACUCUGAUACCUCCAACUGAUCUCCCAGCAAUCGCAUCCCGGCUGACCCUGGGCCCCAGUUGGGGCAGGGGCAGGAGGGAGGGUUUCUCUCCCAACGCUGAAGCGGUCAGACUGGAGGUCGAAGCAAUCAGCAAACACACUAAGAGUCUCCUUCUCUUCUCUUCUUUGGGAUGCUAUUUCAGCCAAUCUGGACACUUCUUUAUACACUCUUCCCUUUUUUUUUCCUUUUUUUUUCUUUUCUUUUUUUUUUUUUUUUUUUUUCUGGGUAGAAGCCACCCUUCCCUGCCUCCAGCUGUCAGCCUGGUUUCUGUCAUCCUCACUGUCCCUUUUCCUGUAUCCUAGAUGCCCGGGGUCUCUGUCCUCUAUGAUGUCCCUGAAGGAUAUUUUUCAACAAUUAGAGGAAUUUAAAGAGAAAAACACAAAGGACUACAAAGAAAAUAAUAAAAGCAUUUGUAUGUUUUCAUGCUGGUGGUUUGAGGAACCAAAUGUCCCUCUCUCAGUUCUCUCCCACCCUGUGUUGACAGGCAGUCCUUCUCUGUGUCUUGUUACUCUCACUACCUCUUAGCAAGAAUACGCCACAUUACCCUGCUCCUUCCAGGCCUCCCUGACUCCUCUUGCUCUUGCUCCCCAGGGACAGUACUGAUGGGAACACUCUGCCCCUCUUCUUUGCUGACUGAGGUAGGCACUGGGGACU